AGAGAUUUGUUGUCAUGACUUGGCACCAACUCUGGUUGUACAUCUAUUUUUCGUUCCUACGUGGGAUGAUUAAGUGGUUUCUACACAAAGUAACUGGUGUCUGUGAACUACAGAGAAUCUGUAGUAAAUACAAUGUUGGUGCUAAAAGGACAAAGAAAAUUGAAUCAUGUCUCAAACAUUCCCAUACUGCAGCUGUUAAGAAAGCCUUGACAAAUGGAGAACGUGUUGAUGAAGCUGUGGCUAAUAUUAUGGCAAUAAAAGGAAUCCAUCAAGAUGAAGAUCCACAAUUUGGUCCCUAUCUUACAGCUUGUUUGACACAAAUCCAUGGAUAUAAGAAUUUGUUAGCUGAAGUGGAAGUCACUAGAAAGACUCCUUAUAAUUCUGAGAACCAAGAACAUGAAAAUAUGUUGAUGCAGCUUUGGGAAUUAUUAAUGCCUAAUAAUAAACUGCAAUCUAGAAUCACUAAACAAUGGAGUGACAUUGGAUUCCAAGGGGAUGAUCCCAAAACAGAUUUCCGUGGAAUGGGUAUGUUGGGACUUAAUAAUUUACUUUUCUUUUCAAGUCAAUUCAAUGCAGAAGCAAAACAGACUUUAUCACAUUCCCAUCAUCCUAAAUUUGGAUAUUCCUUUGCAAUUGUUGGUAUCAAUAUAACUAAUAUGGCCUAUACAUUAAUGUUGAAUGGCACAUUGAGAGUACACUUCUAUAAUCUUAAACAAGAUAUGCCAAAUAUGACAGAUUUUCACAGAGUUUAUUGUUAUCUUUUAUUUGAAUUUGAUAAAUUCUGGCUGCAAUCCAAGCCCAAAGAUGUGAUGGAAUUCAGUCGACUACGAGACAAAUUUCAGAAGAAGAUCACUAAAAUACUAAAAGAUAAUUGUGUGAUUCUAGAAGGAGAGUUCUUCAAAGAAUGAUGCAUUCAAUCUGUGUGAUAUGACAAGGAUUAGGAUUUGAACAUCUCAUAAAUGAACUUACAAAAUAUGAUGGAACAAGAAUCAAUUGAUCAAAAAACUUUGAUAGUUUAGAUUGUGAAACCGACUUUGGAAAUAGAUAUAUGUUUCUGCAUAAAUUGGGGAGGGGGUGUCAUGUGGGUAGCGGAAAUUAAAACAAUCAUUUCUUGAAAAUACAUAUUUUAUGAUGGUGAAAGGUGAGCAAAGUCUGAAAUGACAUUCUUCAAUUUUGAUCUAGUAGUGGUGGACUAAUUUUGCUCUGGCCUGGUAUAUUUGAUGACACCAUGGAAUUUGCGUAGUGUAGCGUAGUGUUCAUUUUCCCACAAAUUUGAUACAUCCAAGUUAUUUUGUGAAUCACUUGCUCAGGUUGGCAACCAUAACCAAAGUUCUUAUAUGAAUAUUGCAUCCUUAAAAUGGGCUUUUGUUGCCUAAUGUAUAUCAAGCAAAUUAUCUUCUUUACCUCGGGUGCAAAUUAUCUGCUUUACCCAGAAUGCAAAUUAUCUUCUUUACCUCGGGUGCAAAUUAUCUGCUUUACCCAGGAUGCAAAUUAUCUUCUUUACCUCGGGUGCAAAUUAUCUGCUUUACCCAGAAUGCAAAUUAUCUUCUUUACCUCGGGUGCAAAUUAUCUGCUUUACCCAGAAUGCAAAUUAUCUUCUUUACCUCGGGUGCAAAUUAUAUGCUUUACCCAGAAUGCAAAUUCCUACAUUUAGUCAAUAAUGUUUUUCAUCAGCCAUGUUUUUUAUCAGUCUGCUAGAAAUCAAAAACUAGACAUUAUUAAAUAUUAUUUAUCUGUAUAAAAUUAUGCCUACACAUCAAAAUUAGACCACUAAUUCAAAGUAGAUUUCAUGUAUGUGAUUUGUUGUG